ACGAAUAAAUAGGGUUGGACGACAUUAUAGGACUGCCUUAUGUUGUAAAAAAACUGAUAUAAUGUUGGUAGCCAUAAUGGAGGUUUAAAAUGGGGCGCUUUUCAUUAUGAGUUCACAAAGUGGCCGUUGAAGCAUACUAUACUGACGCACAACUGUUUAGAAAUGCCAGGCUAAAUCGGUCAGCCACACUGGUUUUAGCGCGAUAUUGAAGCGAGUCUGGCAUUGCAACAAAUUCAAAUUCUCGUUGUAUUCGAACGACCAAACCCCUGUUAAACUGAAAGGUGGUGCCUAGUGCAGGGAUGGCUGCUUCAGAGCAAGCCACAUCUGAAGAUGGCAAUCUCCAGCCAGCUGCCAGUUGCCCACAGUGAUGCCCCCAAUGACGAUGGGGUGUAUGAGGACUCGGCAGCAAUGCCAAGUUCAAUGCAAGCUAGUAACAGUAAUGUUGGAGAAAGGAAGGACGAUAAGGGGCCUCAAGCAACGAAAGAGCUGGGUAGAGUGCCAUUGGUUGUGCAGGCAAUAGAGCAGGUGCCGAUUUGCACAGAACCCUGUGAUGACGGUGAGCUUGAGGUGCUCCUUUGUUUACUUGAGCAGCGGCUAUCCGCGCCAGCGGGUCCUCCUACGGAUGAGCAGAACCAGCAGCUCUGGGAGACCCUGCGUUCUCUAGUGCCCAAGUAUAAGGAUCACACGAGACUCAUGAGGCAGCGAAUCACAGAACUUGAGCAGCGCCUGGAGGAGAACCAGCGGGAGUCACUUCACUGGCGCGAACACCACUUGGAAGAGCACAGGCAAAGGUUGGAUGCUGUAAUAGAAGACUACGAAAGGCAACAUGCACUGGCCUUAGAGCGGGCGAGCAACGCAAGACAGCAAGCUGAAAGCUUACUGCUGCAGCUCGCAGAUGCACAGGCACAAAUUAAACGUCUGGAGGCUGAAGUGCACACAAGAACAGAGAAACUGAAGAGUGACCAUUUACGGGAACUUCAAGCACUGGCUGAAGAAAAGGAAGCACAGUUGCGUGCUAAGAGUCUGGAAAACCAGGAAGAAGCAGCUUCAUACAGGAACCUGCAGCAGCAGAACCUGGCAGACAAGGCCAAGCAGGAAGCGGAAGUGGGUUCUCUCUGGCAUAAAAAUGUUGAGCUUGAAGGACGGCUCAAGGGCCAGGAGGCUCUCAAUCAGGACCUCAUGACUGUUCUUGAGAAGGAGAGGAACCUGAAUCAAGAGCUUACUGAAGCCAUGGGCCAACACGAGAAGAAAAUUGCCCACCUGGAACACCAGGUGUACACAUUGCAGUCGGAGGAGAAGCACAAAGACAUGCUAAUUGGAGUUUUGAGCAGUAAGGUGUCUCAGGGCACCACACUAGGAGUAGAUGUUCCUGGAGGGCACCAGCCUUUGCCACAGACUGUCUCCCACGGCACUUCACCCAUUGAAAGUGGCAGCAAGGCCGACAGUGGCGUGCAGGGCAUGUCAUCCAGCAGCAGAAGCCACGAAGAGGUGUCCGUGUGCAGCGUUGCUUCGCAAGUGUCGCCGCAAGAAGGGUUGAAGUUGGACCAGACGUUGAAGGAAAUCACAUCACAGCUGAACGAGAAAAAGGCUGCUGUGCUCCAAGCAAAGCGACUGCUUCGAAGCACAACCAACGAGCUUCAGAAACUGACAAAGAUUGCAGAGGAAAGGGCUGAGCAGCUUAGACGGCUGCAGUCUCGGAUGCAGAGCACUUCGACGGCAGCAUCCACCCCUGGCAGCCGCGAACACAAAGCCAAUGAUGACGAUGCAUGCAAUGUCCGCUUGACCAGUAGUGGGUUCGUACCGUUCUCAGCAGCUCCUUCCUUCUCUAAGACUGUCAGGAAAGUAUGCUACAAGAAAGUGGCCUCUACUCCAAAGGAAUCACUCAGCACUCUUGCAAGCGUGUCUAGCAUACAGAAUAACAUUGAAAGUUCUGCAGGUCCACCUCACCUUGAACUUCGCUUAGAGGAGAUGUCCUGUGUUUCUGACGAUGUCUUCGAAUCUACUUGCUUGCGUGAGAAGCACUCGGUAGGGAAUCGAAGUUCCAUGUCCAAAGCAGUGCGUCGUGUGCCUGAGCCUUUAAGUAGCACGCAUGAAAUGGGAAAUCUUGAAACACCGCACAAGCUCUUGGCAGAUUGCUUCCAAUAUUUGAAAGACAAAUCAUACGGGUCAGAUGCUCUUUUGAAAUCUCACAUUGUUGACGAUCAGGACCAAAGAUCAGAACGCAUGUUCAGUUUUGGUUGCAAACAGGCAACAUCAGUAUUGGAUCGAUCUUCAAAAGCUGUCACUCCCAUCAGAACCUCCACGGAAGCAGCUGACACAAAGAAACAGAAUAUGCUAAGUGCUUCUACUGCUAUAGAAGACAAGAGCCCAGUACAGAAGGCAAUAUCGCGCAGUCCAUGGGAGCAAGAUCAGUGUUGUGGGAAGAGAAGCAGCGGCCAUGUCAUCCAGUCCACUCCUUCGUACGAUUUCCCACUGCUGGGCAAGAGCAAGGUUUGGAAUUAUGGGCCCUGUGACUGCAAGAAUCCGACUAUGAAGCCUGCUUGUAGUAAUGCGAAGUCAUGCAUUUCAAGUGUGCAGAAGAAAGGGGCAAGGAGAUCCCUCACAUUUCCAGAAGAAGGGGCGUGUCCUACAGCGCUGUUCGCACAUUGUUCUGCUGGGGCAUCAGACACCUCGAGUGCCCCGCAGGAACAUUCUUUUCGUGGUCUGCCCUAUUCGACGCCGGUUAAUGUCACAGUUCACGUGCAAGCUUACCCAGAAUCCAAGGAUUUUCGUAGAUAACGUUUUCUUAACUCCCUUGUCAUAUAUAUGUUUUUUUUUUCUGUUCAUGCCGGCAGAUUCAUAUGUUGCCAGCCUGUUUGGUAUGAUAGGUCUUGUGAAUAAUGCGCACAUAUUUUCACUAUUUGUUUCAUGAGUUAAAUUAAUUUUUAGCUUUUUUUAGCUGUUUUAUGGGCUGUUUUAUAAAAAGUGCGUAGCAUAAUGGUGUCAACAUAUCUUUCCAAGGAC